CGGCGGGGGCGGGGGCCGCGCAGCCGGGGACUUUCAGGAACUGCAGGGGCGGGCGGCGGCUGGAGUCGCCGAGCGCCAGCCGCGGCCUGAGCGCCGACACUCGGGCCGAGGCGAGCCGCCGCCACGCCGGGCCCAGCCGUAGUCGCCGCCGCCGUCCUCGCGCGCCCGCCCGGCUCGGGCCGACCCGCCGCGGCGCGGGAGAGGAGCCGGCCGUCCCGGACCGGGAGACCCGCCCGCCAUGGCCACCAAGGCUCGGGUUAUGUAUGAUUUUGCUGCUGAACCUGGGAAUAAUGAACUGACGGUUAAUGAAGGAGAAAUCAUCACAAUUACAAAUCCGGAUGUUGGUGGAGGAUGGCUGGAAGGAAGAAACAGCAAAGGAGAGCGUGGGCUCGUCCCCACAGACUAUGUGGAGAUGUUACCCAGUGAUGGAAAAGAUCAGUUUUCAUGUGGAAAUUCAGUGGCUGAUCAAGCUUUCCUUGACUCCCUCUCGGCAAGUACAGCUCAGACAAAUUCGGCAGCCUCCAAUAGCAGUAACCAGGUGGAUAUUUUGGCUCAGAUUGGUUGUGUUGAAAUUCUUAGCCAGUCACCGCCCUCUUCAUCUUCUCCUUCUCCUUCUUCUUCCAUUAAUAAGGUUGGCAGUGGCAAUGACCCCUGGUCAGCCUGGAGCACCUCCAAAUCUGGGAACUGGGACGGUUCGGAUGGCUGGGGGGCCAAGCCCGAGGGGGCUGGCACCCAGAGAAACUCUGCCAACAACUGGGACGCUGCCUUCGGCCACCCCCAGGCUUACCAAGGACCAGCAACUGGUGACGAUGAUGACUGGGAUGAAGACUGGGAUGACCCCAAGUCCUCCUCACCUUACUUUAAGGAUUCCGAGUCAGCAGAAGCAGGUGUCCAGCGGGGAAACAGUCGCCCUGGGGCCUCCUCCAUGAAACUGCCACUUAACAAAUUUCCUGGAUUUGCAAAACCUGGAAUGGAACAGUAUUUGUUGGCCAAGCAACUAGCAAAACCCAAAGAGAAAAUUCCCAUCAUUGUUGGAGAUUAUGGCCCGAUGUGGGUUUAUCCUACCUCUACGUUUGACUGUGUGGUAGCUGACCCCAGGAAAGGCUCCAAAAUGUAUGGUCUGAAGAGCUACAUUGAAUACCAGUUGACCCCUACUAACACUAAUCGGUCUGUAAACCACAGGUAUAAGCACUUUGACUGGUUGUAUGAACGUCUCCUGGUUAAGUUUGGAUCAGCCAUUCCGAUCCCUUCUCUUCCAGACAAGCAGGUCACAGGUCGCUUUGAAGAGGAAUUUAUCAAGAUGCGCAUGGAGAGACUUCAGGCUUGGAUGACCAGGAUGUGCCGGCACCCCGUGAUCUCAGAAAGCGAGGUUUUCCAGCAGUUCCUGAACUUCCGAGAUGAGAAGGAAUGGAAAACUGGAAAGAGGAAGGCUGAGAAAGAUGAGCUAGUAGGAGUUAUGAUAUUUUCCACCAUGGAACCAGAGGCCCCUGACUUGGACUUAAUAGAGAUAGAACAGAAGUGUGACGCAGUGGGGAAGUUCACCAAGGCCAUGGACGACGGCGUCAAGGAGUUGCUGACCGUGGGCCAGGAGCACUGGAAGCGCUGCACGGGGCCAUUACCCAAGGAAUAUCAGAAGAUAGGAAAAGCCUUGCAGAGCUUAGCCACGGUGUUUAGUUCCAGCGGUUAUCAAGGUGAAACAGAUCUCAAUGAUGCAAUAACAGAAGCCGGGAAGACGUAUGAGGAGAUCGCCAGUCUGGUGGCAGAACAGCCGAAGAAAGAUCUCCACUUCCUCAUGGAGUGUAAUCAUGAGUAUAAAGGCUUCCUCGGCUGCUUCCCGGAUAUCAUUGGUGCUCACAAGGGAGCAAUAGAAAAAGUGAAAGAAAGUGAUAAGCUAGUUGCAACUAGUAAAAUCACUCCACAGGACAAGCAGACCAUGGUGAAGCGAGUCGGCACCAUGUCUUAUGCUUUGCAAGCUGAGAUGAAUCACUUCCACAGUAACCGGAUCUACGACUACAACAGCGUCAUCCGCCUGUACCUGGAGCAGCAGGUGCAGUUCUACGAAACGAUUGCAGAAAAGCUGAGGCAGGCCCUCAGCCGCUUUCCCGUUAUGUAGAACAGAAUGGAACAUGAAGAAAACUCCGAAGUGCUUCCUUCUGACUUGGGACAAUGCAAUUCAAAUUUAUUUUUUUCCUCCAUCAUCAGAAAAAAAAAGAAGAAGAAAAGGAAGAAAACCAAAAAGAAAUAAGAGUUGGAAAAAGC